UGCGCGCGGGCCGCUGUGAGGCGCGGCGGCGAGCGGGCGCGGGGCCGCGGAGCAGCGAAGAGCCGCGACCGCGAGGCUGGAGCCCCGGCCAGGCCCGGUCCGACCCGCCAAGCCCGCGAUGCGCCCCUGUGCUGUCCCCCGGCGCAGCUGACGCCCCGCGGCCCCGCGAGACCCCAGCCCUACCGGCCCCGCAGGAAGCGGCCGCCGCCACCCAGUCCAGAGCCCGCUCCGCCCGGGCACCAUGGCGGGGAAGGCGGCCGCCCCCGGCACCGCGGUCCUGCUGGUCACGGCCAACGUGGGCUCGCUCUUCGACGACCCAGAAAACCUGCAGAAGAACUGGCUUCGGGAAUUUUACCAGCUUCUGAAGAUGGAAGACAAAAUGAACAAAGUGUCAGAAUGCAGAAUGAAGCAUUACACUCAGGAUCCUAUAGGAAUGAAGAUGAUCCAGGGAAUAGCACCGGCACCUUUGUGCCAGCAGGUCCUGCACACACACAAGCCUCACUUCAUGGCCUUGCACUGCCAAGAAUUUGGAGGGAAAAACUAUGAGGCCUCCAUGUCCCAUGUGGACAAAUUUGUCAAAGAACUACUAUCCAGUGACGCAAUGAAAGAAUACAACAGGGCGCGUGUCUACCUGGAUGAAAACUACAAGUCACAGGAACACUUCACGGCACUAGGAAGCUUUUAUUUUCUUCACGAAUCCUUAAAAAACAUCUACCAGUUUGACUUUAAAGCUAAGAAGUAUAAAAAAGUCACUGGCAAGGAGAUCUAUUCGGACACUUUGGAGAGCACACCCAUGCUGGAGAAGGAGAAGUUCCCACAGGACUACUUUCCUGAGUGCAAAUGGUCAAGAAAAGGCUUCAUCAGGACGCGGUGGUGCAUUGCUGACUGUGCCUUCGACUUGGUGAACAUUCAUCUUUUUCAUGAUGCAUCCAACUUAGUGGCCUGGGAGACAAGCCCCUCAGUGUACUCCGGGGUCAGGCACAAGGCUCUGGGCUACGUGCUGGACAGAAUCAUCGACCAGCGAUUUGAGAAAGUUUCCUACUUUGUCUUCGGUGAUUUCAACUUCCGCCUGGAUUCCAAGUCUGUCGUAGAGACACUCUGCACAAAGGCCACAAUGCAGACAGUCCGCGCUGCUGAUACCAAUGAAGUUGUAAAGUUGAUAUUUCGGGAGUCAGACAAUGACCGGAAGGUCGUGCUCCAGUUGGAAAAGAAGCUCUUCGACUACUUCAACCAGGAUGUCUUCCGGGACAACAACGGCACUGCGCUCUUGGAAUUUGACAAGGAGUUGUCUGUCUUUAAGGACAGACUGUAUGAACUGGACAUCUCAUUCCCCCCCAGCUACCCGUACAGUGAGGACUCCAGCCAGGGAGAACAGUACAUGAACACGAGAUGCCCUGCUUGGUGUGAUCGCAUCCUCAUGUCCCUGUCUGCCAAGGAGCUGGUUCUUAAGUCAGAGAGCGAGGAGAAGGUUGCCACCUACGACCACAUCGGGCCUAAUGUCUGCAUGGGAGACCACAAGCCGGUGUUCCUGGCCUUCCGAAUCGCACCUGGGGCAGGUAAACCUCACGCCCAUGUACACAAGUGUUGUGUCGUGCAGUGACGUGGUGGGAAGAGGUGCCAGCGCCGAGAGAGGAUCCUCGAGAGGCCUCCCUGUAGCAGUGUAUCGAACUCAUCCUCCUAACAGCUGCAUCGGAACCGCCCAAGCCUCACCUGCUAGACGGCCGGCCCCACACUUCGCUUCAGCCUCCGGACCUCCGGAAAGCCUCACAUACCUCACUGUCGUGUCUGUCACGUGACAUUGUAGACAUAUUGGGUGUAAUCAAGCCACAGUCCUAUUGCCAAAACUCUAACAGACAGCAGAGCGCCUGUAUUUUAGACUUCACAGUUUUCCAUUUUUAACAAUUGUCUGUGGAGGAAGCUUCUCCAUUUAGAGCCCCAGGUGUCCAGCGUCCCUCUCUGCCAGGAGGAGUGUGCCGGGCACUAGCCCAGGCAGCCAGGCUGCCACGUGUGCCCAAGCCCGAGGCCCGAGGUCUGACUCUACUGCCAUGUUACGUGGCAUGAGAAUCACACUGCAGCUGCUUUCCAUUUUUAUAUAUAUAAAUACAUAUAAAUAUAUACUUUUUAAAAAUAAUUUAUAAAUCUUACCAAAACUUAUGCUGAGUAUACUUUCCAGUAUGAGUGCACGAGUGUCCUGAGCAGGCAGAACCGCAGUCUAGAUGAAUGGCGAGUCCAUCAGCAGUCGGCACCUGUUCCUGAGACGAGGCCUAGCCAGUGCCCAGGGCGAGGGGCCCUGCGGUCUGCCUGUACUAGCAGCUUGUCACUCUUCUGCCUUUUCUGUGUAAUAUUAAGAACUGAAUGUGAAGUUUAUAGCUAGCCUGGGUGUACCUUUUAAGAAUUUUGUAAACCGUUUUGUCUGUCUUUUGUUACCGUUUUAUGGUGCCAAGUAGCCUACAUUAAAACCAUAAUCUCGUGGGAGAAUUAGAAGUAGCCUCGUCCACUUCCCACAGAUUGCUUCUAGCAUGGGCUGUGUGUAAACCUGGCAGAAAAGUGACGGGUGAUGCUGGGCACAGCCUGUUGCCUGGACUCGCACCCAGCACUGAGAACCACAGAAGGCGCCUGCGGAGCCUGCUGAGGAAACACAGCGUGCUUUUAUUGAUUUACUUCUGAACACUACAGUUCCUGGAUGGGGCGGAGGCGCGAGUUAAUGUCGGUUUCCCUAGAAAUCACUCAAGGCCGGCCUGUGUCCUUGAUGCCAGGGUCGGGUCUGUGACUGCCAUGGUCGCUGCUUGCCAAUGUGCCAUGACCGCAGCGGUUGUCCGUGGGUUCCAGCUGUGGGUCCUUCCCGUGAAGGCCUCUGGAAGUGACUGCUCGGUUCCUAAGCAAUAAAAUUGAUCAUGGUGAAAACA